AUGUCUAAAGCGCAAGAGAGUGUUAAAAGAGGGAAUGAGAAUUCUAAUGAGAACACGGGUCCAGAGUCAACAUCAAAUACACCGGAAAACAUUUCGGAUAAUGUUGUAAAUAAUCCCAUCGAAGUUUCCAAGGAUGAUGAUGGCGGUGUUGUGACCCAACGCCCUCCGCAAAAUUCCACUGAGGUUCUAAAUUUGCCUGAAAACAAAAAGGAAAUCGGUUCCCCUGGAAUCAUCGAUACGGUUCAAGUUAUCUCCCAAGAAAACGAUGGUAUUAUUUCGCAAGCUCACGUUGAAGUUACAAAUAGUAAUAUCCAACAUAAAUUGGAGGAUUCAACACUAACACUUAAUACAUCUCAAUCUAAUUUACAAGACAAAUCUUUCGACGCUGCAGAUAUGAUUAAAGGUCAGGGCGAAGGGUUAGCAGCUGACGUCAUUAGAACGGUUCAGAACCUGGAUCAUGGUGAAGGAUCAACACCUAAUGUCGCGAAGGAGACCCAAAGUCUAGAUAAUUCCACAGAACCACCUAAGGUGAUCGAUAAAACUCAGAAUCAAGGUGGAGGGUUUACAAGCUUGACGGAAACGGUUCAAGGUAUAUAUGAUGCCUCAGAACCUCCUAAUGUUACUGGUGAAACGCAAGUUCAAGGAGAGUCUACUUCUUCUGUUACGGUGGCAGUCCGAAGUCAGGAUCAAGAUGAAAAGUUAAUAAGUAAUUUUGCGAGAACAGUUCAAAGUUUAGAGAACGUCUUUAAAUCUUCCGGUGUUGAUGAAACUCCAAGUCAAGAUGGAAAUUUAAUAAAUAAUGUCACAGGGGACGGACUAGAUGGUGCUUCCAAACCUCCUGGUGUUAUCAGUGAAAAUAAAAGUUUAAUUGAGAAGUCAAUACUUAAUGUCACAGAAGUGGUGCAAAAUAUUGAUGUUACUAUUGAAUCUCAAACUCAAGGUGGAAAUUCAAUGGCUAAUGUUACAGAUGCGGCUCGAAAAUUUGAUACUAUCUCCAAGAUUUCUGGGGUUACCAUUGAAACUCAAAAUCAAAAUGAAAAGAUAUUCAAUGUCACGAGUACGAUCCAAAAUUCUGAUGAUAUCUCCAAGCUUUCUAAUAUUAAUGAAACUCGAAGUCAAAACGACGAGGUACCUAAUGUCACGGGGGUGGUUCGUGAUGCUGUUGAUGCCACCAAACCUUAUGAUGUCAUUGAAAAGGUACCUAAUAUCGCUGAUGAGGCAGUUCGAAAUUUUGAGAAUGUCUCCGAAUAUCCUGGUGUUGUUAGUGAAAAUAAAAGUAAAAGCGAAGAAUUAACACCAAACGUCACAGAAACAGUUCGAAAUUUUGACAACGCCACCGGAAUUAAUCACGAAAACCGAGGUCAGAUUAGCCCACUCGAACAUCUUGGAAGCACGGGUGAAGCUCAAGUUCAAAGUGGUGGAUUCGCUCCUAAUGUCACGGAAACGAUUCGAAAUGUGAAUAACAUUUCAGAGCUUCCUAUAGCAGUUGAUAAAGACCAAAGUCAACAUGAUAAACCAAUAUACAAUACCACAGAAACGAUUCAAAAUAGUGCUUUAUCAGCUUCCACAAGUUUAUCCUCUGCACUUCCUGAAAUUACAAAUGUUACAUCCGUAUCGAAGCAAACACAACGUGAAAAAUUUAAUGAUGUUGCAUCCCAUAAACCUGACCCUGAUGGAAACUCGCUGGUCUAUAUUGUUCCACAUAGUACUAUCGAGACUAUUUCAGAAUCGUCAGUCGUGUAUAAAUCUAGUGAUGCUCGGUUACAGCCCUCAAACGAAAUCUUGCCUCAUGAUCGCGACGUGGGUAAAGUCAAACCUCCGAUUCCUCCGAGGCCGAGGCUGAAGCCUAAGAAUAAAAGUCCUAUGACGUUUUCAAAUCAAAAUAUUAAUGAACAUUCUGGUAAAAGAAUUUCUAAUGACUCUAGCGAUAAGACUCCUAACACAUCACAACCUCAAAACAUUAUCAGUCAAGAUUUCAAUCAAAAAAGUUUCGGACCACAUACACCCGUUCAAGUUGUAGUACCGUCUAAUGAUUUACCGCAGUCGCAACAAAGAGUUGGUCAAGAUCAAAGGAAUUUUGAUGUAUCCGCACCGUUUGGACCAUAUUUUAAUAACGACGCUAAUAAAAAAACAUAUGACGUACCAGUACAACGGAACGUCAGUCAAGGUUUCAAUCCAAGUCAUAUUGCAGAUUCGACUAAUGACACACUCGUACAACAAAAUGUCGAUCACAUUACAUCUGCGCAGCAGCAUGCCGGGAAAGGUUUCUAUCAAACCUCUAUCACAGGUGUACCACUGGAGCGGAAGGAUGUUGCACCUGAACAAUCUAGUGUAAGUCAAGACUUCGAACAAAGGCCUAAUACACCUACGUAUGCACAAAUUGCAGGUUCGACUAAUAAUGAUGCGUUGAUGGGACAACGGAACGUCACUCCCGCACAAGUUAGGGAAACCGUGAAUCCUCACAACCUUGAUAAACCAGCCCAACAGAAUUUUGGCCAAGGGCCUCCUCCUAUUCCUAAAAGGCCUUCUAUCCCUCCAAGACCACCGAAAAAAAUAGUUAUACCUGUCGAAAAGAGUAACGAACCUUCAAAUACACCGGUGGUUAAUCAAAAGUUACCGGUAUCUACGCCUACAGAUAAUCCUUUUAGUGACAAGAACACUGUUGAUGGUAUUAGAAAGGAAUCAACGGAAAAGAAGAAUGUACAAAGUGCACGUGAAAAAGUGUCACCUGAGAAAAAAAAGAUUUUAAAUCCUGAGCAAGGUGAUGAACUUGUGACUCAAUUUAUUACGGAGAACAACAGAGCGGAUUAUGACUCUCCCGAUAAUAGUGAACAAUAUUCUCACGGGAGCCAAGCUAACUCACCUAGUCAAAAUAACUCUGUCGAAAUUUUUUCACAAACAAUUCCUUCGGACAAUGAUGCUAGAAAAAUCGGGAAAGAUUCUGAUUAUAGAGUAGACUUCAGAGUUCACCAUACCGAACAAACCCUCCGAGAAAAAGACGGAGAAAACGAUCAUCAAAGAAAGGAUUCACAAACUAGCAACGUUAAAUCAAAUGAAUAUGCGAGUGAUUCAAAUACCAUGACCAAAAAUAACGAAGAUGAUUCGUUUUACGAAACCUUCAAGAACAAUGGGUUUGAACAACAUAAUUCCCAAAGAAUUCCAGGUUCAAACGUUGGGCGCAAUCAUCCUCUAGAUUCCUCAGGAAAUAGCGACCACUAUCCCAUCAUUCAAGAAGGUAUUUCAGCUAAAUCUGAAGGCGGUAAAUCCUGGUAUAAUAAAAUUCCAUUUUUUGGUAGCAAGAAUGACGAUUCUUUCCAAACAUGCAAAGUUACUUUUCAUGUGCACUUGCCACAAAACGUUGAACGUCAUGGUCAGCCAAUGGUGAUAGGCAGUUGUGAAGAAUUAGGAAGAUGGAGUCAAGUUGGAAUCAUGCUAGAACAGCCUGAUAGAGGUCGUUUCCCAACUUAUUGGAGAUCAGAAACUGUCGAUAUU